AAAAACUUCCCACUUUCUCCUCUAUCUUCUCUCUAGAAACGGGUAUGAAUCCGAUAUUUCGGAGCGAUGGUGUUCAUCCCUAUUCCACCAUUACAGGCGUGGAGAAGAGGCAAUUGUUCUUAAGAAGCUACCAGUUUAGCAGGAAGCAAACCGCUGGUCAGAAGAUGAAGAGAUCUCUGUUUCGUGUCAAGAGAAUCAUCUGGUUGAAGCUUCGUUCUGUUAAAAGGAUUCAUAGAAUGAUCUGGAACAGGCUUCGCCAUGGCUUCUUCAUUCGAUUUCGGAGGAAAAGGUUCAUUCGAUUAAAUCACAAUAACACUUCUCUCUGUAAUUUCUGGUAGGAAUAGGAAUAGGAAUAGGAAUACAGGAUCCAUGAUAUGCAACUGUUUGUUUGUUUGUUUUUUAAAUUAUCAUUAUCAUUAUUAUUAUUUUUGAAUUUCUGUUGAUUAAAUGUAGCAGUAAUCGAUGAUUUGUUCUAAUCUUCUGGUAAUAUUUAUCAUCAUCUCUUGUGCUUCAUG